AUGGAGGCUGUAGCGGAGGAGCAAGGCCAUUUGGAGGCCAACACAGGGGUCGGAUUCGAAGAUGACACCGUCAACGUUAUUCAAGAUGAGGAGUUUGACUUCGAUAUUGGUGGUAAUGAAGAGAAUCUGGAAGCUUUGGGAGGACUUGAAUCCACCGAUGAAGGGUCGACGUAUCAGACUGAAGGCAAUGACACGCUCGACGACGCUCACACUCAUUCAAGCCAAGGCCAUGGCACACAUGAGGCAGUUGAUGAGUUUUACGAAGACCGGAUGCCUGGCCAGGUCCAGGAUCAACACGAUCUAGAGGUGUCCACAUUUGACGCUUCAGCAGAUACCGAGGAUGUCGACCAAGCCUACCAAGGCGAUGCACUUGGUUCUAUCACCGAGGAUGUCGACCAAGCCUACCAAGGCGAUGCACUGGGUUCUAACACCGAGGGCGAGAAUGUUCACCACGCAGACGAGGCACAGUAUGGAGAGAGCGAGAAAUACCAGGAGGAGAUCUACUACGAAGAAACGGCAGAAGAGCUCGGAAGCCUCGUCGACGCUGGUCAGCAAGACGAAGAAGAAGUCGUCCAAAGCACAACAGUUGUCACGGAACAUUUUGAGUAUCCGCACCAGGAGGAAGAGCGCUUUGAAGACGAGGCACCUGUUGGAGGUGCCAGUGCUGAAGAAACUGCCGAGAUGCAAGCAGUUGAUGAGGAGCAGCUGCCUGUGGAAAGCGACCAUUUGGACAAAGUUAUCGAGGACGAAGCGUUGAUGGCUGAACCUCGCCGCGAGGAGUUCACCCGGGACACGAGUCCUGAACACGAUUCUAACCUCGUCGAUACUGUCGCAUCUCAGGCCGCUAUCGAAACAGUCGAUGCUCUCGAGGACGUCGAUGACCAAAAAGCGGGAGAAUCCAAGCAUUUGGAGGAGCAUCCCCGAGUAAGGGUGUCAUACGGAACAGCGGAGUUCUAUCUUUUUGCAGAGUCUCCUGAUGCUGAUCCUGAUGACUACUUUUUCGAGAACACGGACAUACUUGACCAGCCUCUAUCAAAAUUUCUACCAGGUCUUCGCCAAGUCAUCUCGGAGGAUCUUCAAGCUUCUGAUGAGCUUUUCGUGAAAGUGGACGGACUUGGACUCGAGUUCGGAGAGGCAACAACGAAAGACUUCCUUGAGCAGACAACUUUCGGUCAAGUCCUAGAGCUGUAUGAUCGACUUGUGAAGCUUGAUGAUAUUGACUCCGAAACGCCUGAGCUCUACAUCUAUCUGGAAACGCGUCCAAAUUGUUUGCAUCGGCUCGCAGAGUUGACGAACAGCGCUAACGAGGGCAGGGGAUUGUCCCAAGUCGCAUUUUAUUACGAGGGGACUCCCGACUUUGUAGCCGUCGAGGACGAGUCAAACGAUUAUGAUGAAGGUGGCCAGGCUGUGGACUCUGAUGAUGUGUCUUUCGACGAGUCUCAUGCCCAGGCCGAGGGCAAUUUGAGUGCAUCUCACCAGACUGAGCAGCCGUACAACCCUUUUCGACUCAGUGAGAGCCAACAGGAAGUCAUCAACACCUCAAACUCCAGCGGUGUGGAGGGAGAAGUGGUGAAUGACUCAGUAAAUGAGUUACUCUCGGCAGAGGCUGAUCAAGAUCAUCCCGAUUACGAUGAGGACGACAAUCACGCAUCUGUGUCUGGUGAAGCCGCGCAAGAUGAAUUUGGCUUGGUGGCAACGGAUGCCUUGCACGACGAGAGCGCAGAUGGAAGUCAUCAAAACGCCGACAUGGUACCGGGUGAAGAUGAAGACCUGACAGCAGAGGCCAUGGAUGACGGGUCUGAAGGCGAACAUUAUGUGGAGGACGGCCUCGUCGGUAGGGAAGAAGUGGCUGGAACAGAAGAAAACGCCGAGGCCGGAAACGAACACUCCCAGGGAGAUGAUGGCCCUACUGAUGGUGAGAACCUUUCUUCUUUGGAAUUAAGCGGAUGCACUGCAUCAACUGAAAUAUGUGACUGCGCAUUUUGCAUGUCCGGCCAGCCAACUGCUAUUGGUAUUGCAGGCAACGUCCUGGUCGAGUCUGAGGGAACUCGUCGAGUUUCUGAGCACCGGCUGGUCGAAGUUGCUUUGAUCGAUGCUCAGCAAGCCCUUGUUGCCACGGGGGAUUGGUCAAGCAAUUUGCCGUCAACUGUGAACACUCAAGACCCACUAGCUGCGAAUCAUGGCUAUUACAACCACAAACAACGCAUAUCGGCUGACUUCAAGUUCCAAGAUUAUAACGCAGCGGAAAACGACGACUACCUUGAUAUUGGGGCGACCGAAGAGGAGCCCGCCGAGUCUGCAGUAUUUGCAGCAUCUGCAGGCACGCCAGGACCGACCUCACACAAUUCCAGUGCCACAGCAACUCUAGACGGAGAAGGGCACGGCCAUGGAGACGAAACGUCUGCGAGCCAGGCAUUGGCAGAUGCCGAUAAUUUGAUUCAGACCCUUUCACAGCCGGAGCUUGGCUCUCCGGAGAGACAGACCGACGAGAUCCAUUGGAAUGACGACGACGAUAACGACAACGACAACGACAAAGACGAAUUUGACAUUGGAAAUCAGAACCAGACCGACCUGUCUCCUUCGAGCCUCUCUGUGAAGAGAGGCAGACAAGCAGACGAGGACGAUGUUGGUCUAGGUGACGAUAGUAGUCAGUCCUCCUACAGCAAGGGGACACGCGCAUGUGCUAACAUCACUCCAGCUGCCAAGCGUCGUCGCACCUAG